AUGGAUGAAGAAUGCAUAGAAUCCAGCGAGCCCAUAUUUGAGCUUGCGAGCGAAUGUGAAAAAUUAUUCUCCGAAAAGAUCUCAAGGUUGAAAGAUGAGGCCGAUCUCAACGGGACCAAGGUUGUUGGGGAAUACCAACAACGAUUUUCAGCAUGGGCGGCCUUUUUAGGUGUUUUUGCAGUUCCUGAGAUGUGCCUUGACCGUAGACUGCAAAGGCAUGCCGAAGCCCCCAGCACAGAUGAAGAUUCGUCGCCUCAGUCUCAACUCCACAUCAGUAUAGAAAGUCUGAGAGGCAUCGAAGGGGCCAUCGAACGUCUCCAUCAUCUCGGAGGAACCAUUCAGCUAUCGUCAGAAGCGAGCCAGGCCACCAAAUUUGGAAAAUUCGCGGCAAAGUUUGACUCCGCUUCAUUCGAAGAAGUUGCGCGACUAGCAAUCCGCUCAUUCUAUCCGGACGCAAGCCCAUCUUUGAUUGAACACCUCGCGCGCACAAUGACUGAUAUGUAUCAAAAGUUUCACUAUAGACGAUCUCGUCAAGUAAGGCUCCAAGCUCGGCCUCAACCUCAACUGCAACUACCCACCAUAAACGAGGAACCAGCUCCACAGAUAAAGGUAGACACAUGGAAAGAUGAUCCUCCGCCUCCUCCGCCUCCUCCAAUAAACGAUAUAUAUAAAAGGCUGGCUCGACCAGUAGUUAUGUCGCAUUUAGGCGCCAGAUCCCAUCAAUCAAGAGAUUCUAAGCCCACGUCUCUUGACAGUCAAGAGUUCAAGAAGUUGUUUCCGCAGCGAAAAGAUGGCUCUGUGAAGAGCAAAACAAGGUCAAUUGCUGCCAACCUUGUUGCUUACCCUCAGCCAUCAGAAGCCAGUCUUGUGUGUGAUUGGUGCUUUUCACCUCUCCCCGAAGACGAGUUCAAAGCGGAGAAAUGGAAGAAGCAUUUAAACGAAGACUUUAAACCGUAUCUUUGUCUCUCAGAGAAGUGUAGUGAGCCAUUAAAAAGGUUCGCGACUUCCACAGCUUGGUUUAGCCACAUGCUCGAAGCUCAUGGUCAGAAUUGGCACCGAGAGGUUCAUUUGCCGACCUGGUGGAUUUGCCCAUUAUGCAACAACCAAGAGACAACAUACCCCAAAGCACAAGACCUGUCUGAGCAUAUAUCAAAGCUUCAUAGAGAUGUCUUUACCGAGCAACAGAUUCAGGUUAUUGUGCACCAGAGCCGACUCCGAGCUCCCCGACCUCAAGACGUCUGUCCCUUGUGUUGUCUCUCCAUGAAGGAUGAGCAAGAGAAAGACGAAAACGAUCAACAGGCAACACCAAGUCCGCAAGUUCCAGCCUUCCAAGGCCAAAGUCCAUUAAACAUUGAAUUCAUCGCCAGGCACGUGGCUGCGCAUCUUCAAGGAAUAAUGCUCUUUUCUCUUCGUAUGAUGGCCCUGGAUGCUGUCGCAGAUAAGUCAGCAGACGAUAAGAAUUUGUCUGGUAAUACCGACGAUGAUUUGUCCCGCCUCGGUUCAAAUCAACAACACUCUCUUCCAGAGACUCAAGAGAUGGAUGACAUCAAAUCGUUGUUGGUGCAAGAUGAAAGUAUGGAUGUUGAUUACCCUUUGUCAGAAGACACCAUUCCCGACUGCGAGCAUGAUAUGAAUUGGCAAGAAUUCAUUCCCAAUAGUGAACCUCCCCCAGAAUCCGACACAUUUCUACAACAAGUGAUAGAUUCUGGAGCGUUUCAAACCAAAGAGCAAUCUCCAACUCGUGGAACUGCUACCAAAAACGCCCUUCAUAAAAGACCCGUAAUAGGUAAGUAG